AUGAGGAGAGACACCCCCGCCCUUGCUCGCCGGCACUGGCAACAUUAUCUCAAUUCGACCGGCAAUAGAGCACAAUAUUUGAGAUGCAUCAAUUUGUAUCAUCUAAUUCGAAGUGGUGCUACUAUUGUAUACUCGUUUCUGUGCUUGGGUUCGCUCCCUUUUCUUUCCCAUGAAUAUUUCCGUCCAGUCGUGGUCAGAGAAUGCUAG